AUGAGUCUUGAAACGACUUUAGCUGCCCCUUUCGAAGGCGAGCUUGUCCUAUAUACUUACUUCCGUUCAUCUUGCUCCUGUCGUGUCCGAACAGCUUGUCAGCUAAAGGGCACACCACUGUCAUACCACUAUGUCAAUCUUCUUAAAGGCGAACAGCAAGCCCAGCCAUAUCUUGACGAGGUCAAUCCGAAUGGCCUCGUGCCCGCCCUCCAGGUCAGGAAUGCUUCCGGGAAGACUGUAGCGACCAUCUCGCAGUCCGUUGCAAUCUUGGAGUUCUUGGAAGAAGCAGUCCCUUCAAAGAGAUCGCUGUUACCAUCGGAUCCAUUCCAACGAGCUCGUGUCCGGGAAUUGGUGAAUAUCGUGGCUUGCGAUAUCCAGCCGCCUACGAACCUGAGGAUCCUCAAAAGGGUGAAUGGGCUUGGAGUUACGAAUCAGGAGUGGUUUCGCGAGUACAUGGAGCGGCCGCUGGCGGCAUACGAGAAGAUUUUGCGAGAUACCGCGGGGAAAUAUUCGGUCGGUGAUGAGGUAUCGCUGGCUGAUGUGUGCUUGGUGCCGGCGAUUGAAAAUGCACUGAGGUGGGAGGUUGAUAUGGCGAAGUUCCCGAAGGUGAUGAACGUCUUCGAGACGAUUAGGAACUUGCCAGAGUUCCGGGCGGCGGACUGGCGACAUCAGGAGGACACGCCGGAAAAUCUGAAGGUGAAGGACUAG